AUGGGAAUCCAACCAAUCUUCGACAAAGCCCCAAGUAUAAUCAACCGGCCAGACGGGUCAGUUUUGUUCGAAUGUAUGGUGAAUGCCAACCCCGAACCUACUGUAACAUGGUAUUUGAAAGACAAAGAAUUGAGUGGAGAUCGAUACGUGUUUAAGGUGAAGAAACAGGUUGGAAAGUACAUGUGCACCAUGAUUAUGAAGGUAAAUUUACUCAUUGUCAGACUAUAGUUGAGUUUGAAACGAUAUUGCUACAUAAAAGUCUUGUCGUCAAUUGUUAUUGGCUUUUAUAGUAAAAAACGACAAGACUUUCUCUGACAUUUUAAAAUAAUAUAUUAGGUUAAAAACAUUAUAUUAUUGUGUUAAAAUAAAUAUGAGCUAUUUUUAAAGCAAAUUUGAAAGGUUAUGUAGCUCAAACUUAUUUGGACAGCUUAUUAUACUAACUCGGUAGAAUUUUAGUAAAAUACGUGGCACUUAACUAAGAAGUCAAAAUAUAAAACUACAGUAUUAAUUAUGUUACGGUAACUUUUUCAAUGUUUAGAACCCAACCCAAGCUGACCAAGGCAUUUACAAAGUCGUGGCGAAGAAUCCUCAUGGUGAACAUAAGGUUGAACAAAGCUACGCGGCCGUUUGUGUAGCUAAUGAAGUGUUCAAAACUCAGUAA